UCUUCGCUGCUUUAAUGGAUGUGGACUGUGUGUUUUUUUCCUCUCUAACAAGGUUGAAAUAUCAGAGAGGCAGAUGUCACCCGUCCUGGGUGAUUUAAUCAGCGAUUCCCACACGGCCAGUCUCCUUUUUCUGGACUGUAUUCGUGCUUAAAGUGGUCUGUGUGUGUUUAAAAGAUAAUAACGCUUAACUGCUGCUGCUGCUGCUGCUGCUGUUGUUGUUAGCUGGGCUGGCUAACUCCAGCAGCUCCAUUAACAAGGGCUUAUUAUGUACUUCUGACCCAGCUAUCCUGAAGAUAUCUGCCCUUAUAGUACUUAUUUCAUUGCCUCUGUCGUCCGUUUGCGGUUAUUCGAUAGGCUUGGCUCCGGUAACCUUGAACGAAAACAGCCUCGAAGUAAGUUUAGUUAGUUAAGCAGGUUAGUGAGUUAGUUUAGUUGUGUUGCCCAGGAAGGAUGAGCAGGAAACACCACCAGUUCAAAGGAGCUGAAGUGAGCUGCUGUGUCAAAUACUUUUUAUUCGGAUUCAACAUCAUAUUUUGGUUGCUGGGAGCGGCGUUCCUGGGCAUUGGACUCUGGGCAUGGGCUGAAAAGGGAGUGCUGUCCAACAUCUCGUCCAUCACAGACCUGGGGGGUUUCGACCCUGUGUGGCUCUUCAUCGUCGUGGGAGGGGUGAUGUUCAUCCUGGGCUUCGCCGGCUGCAUCGGGGCGCUCCGUGAAAACACAUUCCUGCUCAAAUUCUUCUCAGUCUUUUUAGGGCUCAUCUUUUUCCUGGAGCUGACUGCUGGAAUCCUGGCCUUCGUGUUUAAGGACUGGAUCAAGGACCAGCUGAACUUCUUCAUCAACAACAACGUUAAAGCGUACCGGGACGACAUCGACCUGCAGAACCUCAUUGAUUUUGCCCAAGAAUAUUGGCUGUGCUGCGGUGCUCAUGGACCGAACGACUGGAACCAGAACAUUUACUUCAACUGCACAGAGCUGAAUCCCAGCCGGGAGCGCUGCGGAGUGCCUUUCUCCUGCUGCAUCAAAGACCCUGCUGGGGACGUCCUGAACACCCAGUGUGGCUAUGACGUGCGGCUUCAAGGAGAACUGGCUCAACAGGAGUUCAUUCACACAAAAGGAUGCGUGGGGCAGUUUGAGAAGUGGCUUCAGGAGAAUUUGAUUGUCGUUGCCGGCAUCUUCGUUGGUAUUGCACUAUUACAGAUCUUUGGCAUCUGUCUGGCCCAGAACCUUGUGAGUGACAUCAAAGCGGUCAAAGCCAACUGGUGACCCUUGGCUGACAUGGAGAGGUGACGUUAACCUCUGCGGGCAACCUUCGUGACCCCUCGUGUCGUGUUGGUUGCAAAAGAGCACUGUUUACAUGCCCACAGAGUGGAGACCCCUCUCCCAGCUGUUCUCUGGAGCUUUAUGUAAGCUGGUGUUACAAAAAAGUGACACACUCUCUCUCUCUCUCUCUCUCUCGCUCUCUCUCUCUCGCUCUCGCUCUCGCUCUCGCUCUCUCGCUCUCGCUCUCGCUCUCUCUCUCU